AAUCCCAUUCAUUCGGCCGAACGUCGUCGAACCGGGUCAAAGUUCCGCUCUGCUUUCCGCGAGUUCCUCGGACAUUAUCGACCCGUUUCACCGCGGUAUUUCGAGAAAUCGGCGAAAUUAAUCCAACGCAACGCAAUCGAUCGGCGACUCUUUUACUCCCCUGGGAAGCGGUGAACCGGGCAAUUCAUGGGAUCCAGAAAAUACGAUUAAUGCAAAACGUCAUUUUGGAAAGGCUUUAAAUGACCUUUUAAAAGUCUAACCGAGAGGAGAGGAACAUCCGAGCUCACAGCUAUAAAUAGAGAUUGCGCCAAUCGCGUAUCAAUGUAGUUAGCGCGGUCUAAACUCGCGAGCAGAGUCGAGGACGUUCCUUGUCGGCUACUCGCACGACAGGUGGAAGAAUGGACAUACUCGAAGAGACCCGAUAUCGUUAGGCCUUCGAUGAAAAAUUCACCCGAGCAAGAAGGAACAGGGGCGGUCGAGCGUUCGGAAUUGGCGCCAAGGGAGAGGAACCCACCUGUUCUUUUGUUUUUUCACUCUCCGGGAAGACGUCGUUUACCCGUCGUGGCUCCCUUUCGGAUGGUGGCGUUCCUCUCCUCGGCAGGGAUUCAAAUUCCGUUGCAUGACUCUCAUUGCGUGACUCUGGGGGAGACUGCGAGACGAUAUUGGGACCCGGGAUCGAAGGCAAGAAAUAUUCUUACAUUCUAUUCCUUCCGGGAAGACUCGUUGGCCGGAUAUUAUAUAUAUAUCUUUGGCUUUCCGAGAUGUUUGGAUCUCCUUCCGGGUCGAUCGGCAGAGGCGGAACACGAGAGCUGGAUUGCUUUAUAUUUAGGCCAGGAAUCACUCUUCGUACUAUUUCUGGGCUAGCCUCGAUUAAGAAUUUCGUUAUCCGAAAACACUCGAGCCGAAUUCACUGAGUAGAUUAUCCGAAUGCUAGCGUAUGGUCCGGUGAUAUCGCGGAUAAGAGUGAUAGUGCACUCUUCGAGUACGACCGGUAUUCGCGGAUUCCACUAACCGUGGUUAUCGAAAUCACGGACUCGUUCGCUGAAAAAAAUGAGCGUAACCUUUUUUUCUUCUUAUCCGGCGGUCUUCGAUGUCGAGGCAACUGUGCGCGAUUCCACCUGGACAGAAGUUGAAGAUGAUACCGAAACCGUGGAACCUCCACCAGUUGAGCUCCCACCUCCACCUUCAGCACCUCCGCUGCCGCCAGUUAACUCCCUCCGAGUCUGUCCGCUUCGCUUUAUCUACUUCCCUCUAAUGUGUUAUCGACAGACUUCGAAAUGAGUGGCCGCGAAGAGGCUUAGGGAAACUGGCAACCGGUAGCUCCGAUAUGUAUUCCUAGAAUGGAUAAGAUAUGUAAGUCAAUUAUAAAAUUCAAACACAGCGAACGUUCCGAUUACACUACGUAGAGUGCACUUGCAAUGAAAAGUUUAUUAAUAUCGCAAGGAGGAAUGAUUAAUGAAAUAAAAGUAGCAUAAACAAUA